AAAUGACAUCACCUUUCCCCUAUACAGUUCUUCUCUGUGCAUUUUCAGUGUCGAUGCCAUUCACUCGCGAGCAGAGAAAAGUGUGUUUAUGGCUGCAAUUUGGUUCUGAAAAUCUACUGAAAAUGUGGAAAUUUGUCAGGUAUACUCCGUUUUCUAUUGGGCAAUAGCCGUAUAGUGUUGAAAAUCAGCAAAAAUGACAAUUUCGUGCGUAAAGAACCCAUGAAUGGGAGUGUGUGUUUGUGUGUGUCUGUCUUUAUGCAUUGACGUGUGCGCCAGUUAGUUCGAGAGAAGAAGAAAUUGAGCAAUAGUCGCGUUUUGUGAACAACAAUUUUCUCUGCUUCUCUCCGAACUGAAGCCAAAUGGAAAGAGCGAAGAAAUUUCAGUGUACGGGUCAAACUACGCGGAGCAAAUAAGUCCAAAAGCAUUUUUGAUGUAAACCGAGCGCCUCCAGUUACUGUUAUGUUGAGGGAAUGAAGAAAACAUACUCGGAGGUGUUGGAAAAAAGGCCUUACCUUUACAUUUUCAAUAUUUGGUUCACAAAACAACUUAUAUCAACGCAAGAAGUGUGCUUUUCGUUCGACAGACGACACAGUGUAUCUCACAUUUUAAUCGUGUGUCUUUUUUUUCCUUUUUGCGUUUUAUGUGGAAGGCUGGAAAUUGUGUGAUCGGUUAAUCAAGUGAUUGUGAAGUUACCGAACCAAUGGUACGGUUUGUGAAAAAAAAUAUUUGUAAAUCUUGGCGUAUCGUGGCAGUAACGAGUGUUUGCUAAGUGCAAAAAUUAGUAAAUAACUUUUUCAAGCAAACCGGCAGUAGCGAAAUCUACCUUUUCCGUCAAUACAUUCACCGAAGUGUUGCAAAGCAGAAAAAAACAACUUGAGCGUACGAAGAGACAGCGAGCCAGAAUCAAAUAUGGCCGUUCGUUUGUCGGCAUCCCCAGUUUCAUCAUCGUUGUCGCUGUCUGUUCCGUUACUAGGGACAGCCAGAUCAUCGAUGCAGUAAAAGGUUCCUGGCGGACGGAAGAAAAAAGUCCGGGGAAGGACGGCAAAGGAGGCUUUGUGUUUUCCAGGCAGAGUUUAAAAGAUGCCUAAGCGGUUUCUGGUAGUUCAAUGGAAUCAACGACUUACGAGUAAUCUGCACGACAGCGAUUCCUACUGCAAAUUAUUGCCACUACAGUCAAGAUGCAUCUGCAUACGCAAGUCGUCUUGAUAUUAACCCAGCUGUUCCUCAUUGUACGCGUGACGGAUCAGACAAAAUGUGCCCUAACGUCUUCGUACGGUACCGUCUCGGUGAGCUAUUUCGCGACGUUACCGUCCGCGCUAGAAACGGACGCCGACGACAUAGACGUCGAUGCCGACGUUGGUCGCCACCGGAUCGACCUGACACCGCUGGUACCGACGGCGGACUCGCCGCCGCCUCAAUCCGACUAUCCAACCUACAAUGAUGACACUGAAGAUGUAAAUAGCUUUCUGAAGGUGUUGAGCUGUUCCGAUACGAGCUUGCGGGCCGUGAACGAGGAGUAUCUACGGCCGGUCGACUCGUACAAGGGCAUACUGCUGGAGCGGGUGCCGGUACAGAACCCGACCGCUGACCAUUUGGCGCUGAAGAACGAGAACUAUCUGGAGAUAGUGCGCUGGCGCGACAGUAAUGUAACCGAGCAGCAGGUGGCCUUGACAUUUGCCCGGGACGAGCGGAAGUUCAGCAACCUACUGAUACUAGACCUAAGCGCAAACUUACUUAGCACGAUGAGGAGAGAUUAUUUUAGCAGACUGGAGCGGCUAAAGCUGCUGCAGCUAUCCGCGAAUCAAUUACACAAUCUUCCGAGUGAUAUUUUUAAUGAUCUGUCGAACCUGGUCGAGCUGGACCUGCACGGCAAUCGACUGAGUGAGCUGCCACUGAACCUGUUCCGGCCGCUCGGUAAGCUGCGGGUGCUGAAUCUCGCGAACAAUACGAUCCAUGAUCUUCCGCGUAACAGUUUUGCCGGGCUGGGCAACCUGACCGAACUGCAUCUGGCGCACAACCGGCUGUACGUGGUACCGUUCCAGGUGUUCAAAGAGCUGCGUUCACUCGAAGUGCUCGACCUGUCGAGCAACAUGCUCGUCUCGUUUCUGGACAACUUUUUCCUGCUCAACAAGCAGCUGCGUGUGCUGCGACUGAACGGUAACAUCAUCGAAAAGAUCUCCAAGAACGCACUGUACGGGUUGCGACGGUUGCAAUCGUUCGAUCUAUCCAGCAAUAAGCUGGUGUUUAUCGAUCGCAACGCGUUCGAUACGCUGGACGAGCUGCGCUAUCUCAAUAUAAAUCAAAACCAAAUCUACAUCCUGCCGUCGACCGUGUUUUCGGCGCUCCGUUCGCUCCGGUCGCUGGAUUUGAGCAACAACCUGAUGCGUUCGCUGCCGAACUCGAUCCUCGCAAGCCAACGCAGCCUGGUACGAUUGCACCUGGAUGCGACCAACCUGGAAUCGCUCAGCAACUGGGUGUCCCGUAACAACCACACGGUGAACAAGGAAGUCUUGCGUAACUUACGCUAUUUAUCCAUACGUAACAACACCCGACUGAAGGAGAUCGAACCAUGCGUAUUCCGCAAUGUGCCGAACCUGGAAACGUUACUCCUGUCGAACAAUAGACUGACAAGCCUGCCGAAGGAAAUUGGAGAGUUGCGCAGGUUGCGCUACCUAGACGUCGGCAGUAACGACAUCAUGUACAUCCCGGAGCAAAUUCGUACACUCCACGAGCUGCAGUAUGCGAAUUUCCUCGACAACGAUUACGGUUGUGAUUGCCACAUGUACUGGAUUCUGAGCUGGAUUGAUGAACUGCAGGCGGAGAACAAUACGCAGAAGAUUUACGAUCUGUUGCGCCUGUCCGAACUGAAGUGUCGCAACGGGUAUCCGGGUGAUAUCGUGCGCGUACUGCAGCACAUAAGCUGCUUCAAGCCGGAGCUGCUGCAGGCAUCAGACAGUAGGAUGCAUCUGCUCAAGUCGGACGCCGUACUCGAGUGCGUAUUUACCGGAAAUCCACCGCCGGACAUAAUUUGGAUAACGCCUAAGAACGAGAUCUUGCGCCACAGCCAAGAACAGGAUCAAAAAUCACUGUUGUUCGAUUCAGACGACGAUUCUGGCAAUGGUGGGGGUAGCCGAAAGUAUCAGCAAGCAGUCGAAUUUCAGAUGCUUCAGAUGGACAACGUGACGGGCGAUGGACUGCACGAAGGGAUAACGCUGCUAGAGAAUGGCUUCCUACGGAUUCAUAACAUUUCCAGGCGCGAUAGUGGGCUGUACACGUGCUACGCUAUUAAUAUCAUGGGCAAUGCAACGGCCGACAUUCGUCUCUACAUCGAUCCAAUCGUGUUCUAUCGUGUCAAGAUAGGUAGCAUCAUUACCGGUGCAAUCUCGGCGGCUGCCUUCCUUGCACUGACGCUGAUCUUCCAGGGCAUUCGACGCAUUUUCAUACGCUUCCGCAUCAUCGAUCUUAUCUGUCAGAACUGCUGCAGUUACUGCUACAAAAACGAUAAGACAUCCUCAAAGGCGCGUCAGAUAUACGCCAUGCUCGAUAACAUCGAACACUACAAAAGCCAGCAGUUGGAACGUUUACGUGAUAACUACACGCAACAGGUUCAUCGCAUUAAGGAUAACUGUGCACAGCAAGUCGAUUGGAUACAGGGCAGCUACUCGACACAGGCGAAACAUUUGCGGGAAAUUCGUGACAUUGGAACACACCAUCUGACUACCCUUCGCGAUCAGUACUACGAUCAGGUACGGCGUGUACGUGACUAUUCUACCGGUCAGCUGACCUGGGUACGGGAGAACUACGUGUUCCAGCGUAACAAGAUCCGAAAGUUCAGUGCUCACCAGGCGCUUCGAUUGCGCGAAGGUUACAAGUACCAGCAGCAAACGCUCAACAAGGUGCUGGAAAAUUUGCCCAGCUUCUACUUCGAGAACUGCCGUGGACGCAACGAAGAGGAUGAAGAUUUCGAUGGAUUUGAGGUGUAUCUGAAGGCAAAGAUCGAGAAGUUGUCGCAGAUGGAAGGCAACGAAAAUCCACCAACGAAGGUGUUAAGUUCCGACUACGCACUGAAGUAUCUGGAAAACUUCUCCACCAAGAGCGUCGACGAAAGCAAGGCGUCCGUCUAUUUCACGCCGAACGAUGAUGAUCAUGCCAGCCCGGAACCGCAGAUUUCUCCCAUCCACAUCAACUACAUUAAUGGACGGCCCGUGCUGGAAGAUGGUGAAGACGACGAGGAAGGAAUGUCUGCCACAAAGCUGCACUUCGGUGCGGCAUUGCUGGCAAGCGGAGAUACACCGAAAUCGUUUAAAUCCAUCAUCGGUGGUAGUGGCUCGAUCGGUGGUAGCGAUAUUCCAUUGAAAUCGAUCAUUAAACCAACCACAAGGUUUAUGUACGACAAGCAUCUGGGCAAGUAUCGGCUUUGUCAUCAGCAACCGAGCCGUUUAAGCGGUGGUUAUGGCAAUGACGACGAUCUACCCGUUCCCGACAUUGGUGCCGGAAUGCUCGGAAGCCCUCUGCUGAUGGAUGUCGGUCCUGUGAAAGGCGGCGGGUACGAUGGAGCUACGUCGCUGCGUUACAGCGAUGCGCUAGAUGGUGGAGGAGAUUCAGCCGAUGACGAUCAUCACAAUUACAGCCUUAAAAACAAUCGGAAACAUCGACGCAAGAGGAAAAUAUUGCUGGGAUGUAAGGCUGCACCGUUGAACGGUAAUGGCAAUGGCGGUGGUUGUGGAUCAGGAAGCGGUGGAUCCGGUUCAGCGAGUGCCUGCGAGUAUGAGACGCUGCUUAUGAAAAACUUGAGCCACGAUCCGCGCGAAUCACACUACAAAAUCAUUCACAUCAACAAGCUAAACAAUGGUGUGAGCAAUAGCAAUUAUUUCGGUGGUAUGUUGAGUUCUGCACCGUCGUGUGGUAGCGGCUGGAUGGCUGGGCGAGCCGUUACCCGAAGGCAUCACCGUCCGACGGCAGCCAUGUCAGCAGCGGCAGCUGCCGCGGUCGCUACAUCGUCACUCACGGGAGAGAACGAUUAUCACUAUUCGCUGGAGGAUAUGAUACAGGACAGCAAUCAAAAGAUACGGCAGUUGAUCUACGACUCGAAGAUUGACAUAAUGAAUGAAGUGAUCAACACGGGAGGUGGUGCUGCCGGUGGUAGCGGUGUAGAAACCGGACGGAUGAGUGGUGGACGAGGACGUAACAGUGCCGGCAGUGGAAACAAUAGCAAGAGCAUCAACAAUAUCGAUGGUGCAGGUAGUUCGGGUAGUGCAGGAGUCGCAAAUGGUGUCGGCGGUCCGGCAGGAGCACAGAGCAUGGUAGGGCUAGCGCACGGUGGCAACAUUCCGAUGAACGAUGAGUAUGAUCUGUGCUGCAGCAGUAGCAGCAGCAGUCGUAAUAACAGCUGCAGCACUAGCACCAAUGCUAGUCGCGACAGCUACAAGCAGCCGCACCGUAACCCACAUCAACGUCAGUCAACGCCGGCUGACACGAUGGUAACGCUUGGACGAUCGGCAGUCUCAUCAUCGGGAUCACCGCCGACUGGUGCACCGACUACCGUUUCACUGGCAAUGACACAAAACGGUAGUGCUGGCGGAAGCACGGCAUCAAACCAUCAUCCGGUGAAGAAGAUCCACAAGCUACACUUCGAUUCCAGCACGAAUCGCAUCCAGCAGAGCACUAGCCUGCCGGAGAUCUACUUCGAUACGAUGCCGCCGGGCACAGUCUCGCCGGUGUCUUCGGGCCGGAUGAACGGGACAACCUCUAUGGCCAUGGAACCGGCAGCGGGAAUGAAUUCACCGAAUCAGAGUGGUUCGACCAUUUCAUCCACUUUUUCCAGCGCGUCAGGAUCAGUCGGUGGAAGACUGGAGGAACAACCCAUGCCAUCAGGCGGUUCGAUCCAGCAGCAGCCAGCAAAAGUGCACGGUGGCAAACAUGUGAUUUUAGCAGUAGAAAACAAGGAAAGUGCCACCGGCGGUGGUACGGCGGUACCGAAUAAAGGCUGGCAGCCGUGCACCACCAAUAGCGAACCUAAUGGCGGUGGUGGCAACUCUUCAAAGUCCUCGUCCCCAUCACCGGCAUCAUCGUCCGUGUCCCCAUCACCACCAGCGUCGCCUAUCGAGUCAAAUAUCAAUAUUAAUGAUAAUAGUAGUAUUUGUAGCAGUACGAAAAGCAACAAGCAUUAAUAGUAGUAGCACGAUCGUUGGCCUGCAAGGGAGAGGAGAACUUUCAAAGUGUGAAUGUGGGUUUGUAUGUACGCGCGUCCACACAUAUUUCAUAUCGCAUCCAAGCAAGCGGCGGAAAGAUGCGAAGUGCUGCAAACGCAACCAUUUCCGAUUGAAUAUUUGAAUGGAGUCGCAAACAAUAUUCUCCCAAACCGUACCAAACAUCAAAUCGCUUGUAAAGGGGGAACCGCGAAAGGUACACAUACCCUUUUGUGGCAACCAUAUUGAUACGGCUGUACAGGAGAAAGGGCACUCCCAAACCUAGGCUGAUUCAAAUUGUCAUGCCUACAGAAGGACCCGUUUGCUUGGAUUGAUAAAAGUUGAACCUAGCUACUCCAAUCCCCUUCAUGAGAUUACAUUAUUGCUUGUACGGGGGUUUGUUGUUUGAUGUAUGUUCCGUGCGUGUGUUUUAGUGAAGAGAAAGAGAGAGAGAGAGAGAAAAAGAAAUAAGAAGAGCGCUUUUAUAAACAAAGGAUAACAUAUUUUCAAGAUGGCGCGCACUACUCACAAAAAACAAAGCAGAGUUUAAAUGCUGAUGAAUCAGAGCAAACAUGGAACGAAACAAUACCAAUUCCUUCAACCAGAAUGUAUUGUUGUGCUUUCCCUCCUUCGCCCCCCCAAUGCCACAGACAGCAACAUGCAAAUACGAGUGUGGAAAGUGAAAGAUAAUACUAUCAUUAUUACUAUGAUUAUGAUUCUAUACAUAUACAUACCUAUAUAUAUAUAUAAAUAUACAUCUAUAUCUCUGUUUAUAAUAAACUAGGAAAAGAAGGGUAAAAACGGCACAUCGGGUGCGUGCUGAAAGUGAUAGAAUUUCAAAUGGGAUCUGGGCUUACAAAUAGUAGAUUACAAAUUACACCUUUACUGUAUGGGAUGGGGUAACGUGCACUGUAAGGUGUGGAAAUGAAAAACAGGGAACGAAGGUAAGCGUACUAGGCGGAAUCAUGAAGUAGGGAAAAGAUCGAACCGAAAGGCAAAACGGGAGAAUGGAUAGAAGAAAGCCACCACACAAGGAUUAAGAAACAGGUAGAAAAACCAGAAGAGAAAAAAAAACCAGCAAGUAUGUUGAGACAUGUGUGUUACGUAAAACAGAUAUGUAUUAGAUCUUUUCAUAUUAAUUAGAACUCAUUUUUAGCACUCAGGCCGGCAGAUACAGAUGAAGGGAAGGCGUUGAUGACGAGAUGAAACAAAUUACUACACAAAUUGAAAUUCAAAUUCACGAAUCUAUCGGAAGAUGCGUAUACUUUAUAUAUUACACUUCCUUUUGCUUCACAAAGAUGGUAGCAGGCAAACGAAACUAAUAUUUAGCAACAUCUGCGCUUCUCUGUAACGAAGGGAAAGGAAAUCGGCUGGCAGAAAAUGAAGCAGAAAGGCAACAAAAAAAAAAGGAAAAAGAGAAAAAAAAUAGCACACAAAAGUUCAGCAGUCAUUCUUGUCGAAUAUUAUUUUACAAAAAGGAAGAAAUGAAUAGAACCUUGAAUACCCGUAACACACCCCAUGGGGUGCAGUGUUUAAAUUUAACAAACAAAACGAAAAGAAACCAUUUGUUAAAGAGAAAAAGUUUUAGAAGAAAAUGAAGUCAAUGUUGCUAAUAGUUCAUUAAUACAUAUAACAGUGCACACAGAAAACAAACAGAACAGAAGAACAAACCAAAACACACUAAAACAAGUGAUGAUAAAAUGUUGCAUAUGGAAAAACCAACAUACGAUAACUAACAUGAAAAAAACAUUAAACGAGAACACUAAAAAAACAAAAAGGACAUUAAAGAACACACAUACACACAUCAGAAUUUGCACUGUUGAUGAGACUAGUAUAUGACCGUUAUUAACUACCAUUACUACUACUACUACUACUACUACUACUACUACCGAAACUACUUCACUGACUGUGAAAAAUAUGUUCGAAAAUUAUCAUUACUGCUAUUAAUUUGCUGAACGCGCAAGUACAUUCUUAAUUCCUGGCUGGUUAAGAAAGCAAGCGCGGUUGAAAGGAAACAAACAAAUAAUACAAAAGAAAGUGAGCAAAGAAAUGUGGGCAAUGAAGAAACAAACGUGUACGGUAUCAAAGUUGGACACAUUUCAAACACUUGUAAAAGCAAACACCCAUCUUACACACAUACGAAUAGGUGGAAAGGACAAUGGAAUAAAGUUGCAAGAAACUACAAAACGGAAAACGAGAGAAAUAAAUACAAAACUACAAUUAUGAAACAGAGCAAAUGUUGAUAAAACCGUCGCCCCCUCUCAUACUGUAGCAAAGAGCAAAGAAAAACAUGGGAAAAAUAUAUCACGACAUUUGAAUAAACUCAA